GCACACAAAUUUCGCCCCGUUCACAUUUUUUUCAACGAUUGUGUUUCGCCGUUUGUGGUGUUUCCCUAGUCUGACUCUGAUUUUGUUAUUUGAGAAUAAAGAUGCUCUAACUGGAAGCACCAACACAACCACUCUCCUGCUGACAAGAUGCUGAUGGGACUGGUUUACAUCCUCAUCAUUCCUGCCAUUGCGGCGGCGGCGCGCGUGGACCUGACCAACGACGGUCCGGCGGUGGUGGGCGCGCCCAUCAUGUUCACGGCCACGGUGCUGCUGGAUCCUGACGACGACCGGCCCGACGAGCUGGUCUACGAGUGGUCCGACAACGCAUCGCCGAGACACUACAAUAAGUCGGAUCCGACAUCGUCUCUGACUGCCACGAUGAUGCUGCGGUUCGACGGCAACGACAGGUUCGGCGGCUACUACACAAUGACUGUGAGAGUGAAGGAGCCGCGACUCAUCCUGCCCGAUCGGGUCAUCGGAGAGGAGUCGACGCUGUACAGUAUCACAGUAUACCUGAACGGCGGCAUCGAGCUCUCCCAGCCGGGUGUCACUCCGCGCGAGCCCGGCCACGUCAGCAUGAUGAACGAAACUCUGCUCAGUGUCAAUUUCCACGACCCUCACCAUUUCAUUGAGUCAGCCACCAAGGUGGAGUACUUCUGGAGCGUCAACGAUAAGAUCAACCUGGGACCGUUCGCCGACCCCACGCUGGGGUACAACAUGACGCGGGUCGGUGAGAACUUUGUGCGCUGUAUCGCAGUGGCGCACUUCAACCUCAGCACAGAGCAGGCCCGCGCCGGGGACGCCACCACUAAAUGGGGGCUCUUUGAGCUCACAUUCAAUGUGGAUGCGCCCAUCACUUUGGUGAAUGUCUCCGGUAACAACUGGCUGAAACACGGCGAACUUCUGAACCUGACCGUUCAUUGUAACGGUACAGGGCCUUGGGAGUACUGCGUGGCUGUCUACACCGGCCGAUACAACGUCACAGGUAACGAGACGUGUUCGAACCCGAUUCCGACCGACGACUGCACGGUACCGAUUCUGCGCUACCUGCGGGAUAACGGUACCUACACGGCGGUCAGCGUGCUGAGUAACGCCGUCAGCCGGCGUGUCACGCCCGUGGCCAUUACUGUCUACACAGCGGUUCGCCGUCCACAACUAUCGUACUACAUCAUACCACUGAGCUGCGCGCUGGCUGCCAUCGCCUUCAUCCUGUUCGGAUCAAUCAAACUGAUCAAAUCAAACAGAGACUACAACCUGGAGAUAGCCGACUUCGACUUCAGCCAGCCGGGCGAGGCGGCGGCGCCUCCAUCGUUCGGUCGUCGCCUGCUGGUCAGUAUGUGGCCGGGCGGCGCGCGAAGGGCCACGGGCUCUGCAGGCGCUACCGCCGGGGCAGAGUCAGACGCCAUCCUACCGCGCGGGAGGACCCGGCGCAGGAGCUAUGGGCUCGUGGAGGAUUAUGAGGAGGAUUGAUUGGGAGGGAGGACUGAGACUAGGAGGUCGGGCGGGAUAUUGGAGGGAUGAGUUGUACGGGAGCACAGAUGAGAAGUGGGAUAUGUUCGACGGAAUUGGAUUUGGUCGAACAGGAUUAGGCCGGACAGGAGUGGAAUCAUUGGUCGGACAGUUUUGGAUAGGUCUGACAGAGAAGCGAUAUAAGACCUAGGGAAGUGCCACAACGGAUUCAGAAGUGAUCUUCAUUACAGUAAAUCUGUCUGCUUCUGAGGAGGAGGUUGUUCCGAUGAAAGAACCGAGAAUGAAGAAAGGGUCUUCCCCGAUUGUAGCCCACAGGGCGUCACUAGCGCUCUCCCCUUGUCGAGUCACUGUGAGUGGACCAAUGUUGGUGGGAUGACUUCCUGAGCCCACCUGAGCCGUGUGUUCAGUCCGAUCGAGUCUAUGAUAUUUAGGCGGUGUACUUUUGUGUAUUCGCAAUCGCUAUGAUGGUUAUAAGGCCUCUCGUAGCGUGUGCCUAGCCUGCUAGAGUCAUGCGGGGCCCGAUAACUUUGCGCGGAGUUUGUUUAUGUGUGUGGAUAGUUCCGAGUUGACGCCCAAAGCCGUAUAACUGAGUCUGUUAUUUAUUCCACCUCUUGUUCUGUCCUGUGAGCUUAUCAAUGCCAUAUUAGUCUGUCUUUUCCCUGGAAGCGUGAUAGUCUGUAGGUCUUACAAUGAGCCAGAACACACAAAAGAAGCAGGAGGGAAGAUCCGGUGUUAGUGGCAGCAUUCUACAUGUUGUCAUUGGUCACGGCUUAGAAAACGGUUGUACCCACUAGCAUCGGGAUCUGCUGUUACAUCCUGCUUCAUCCUUCCUCAGUAUUACCCUCAUUUACGUAAAUUACUCUUGUUUAACCAUGACUGUGCACUGCGUCUCUUUUCAAAUCGUGUGCUCAUUAUGCGGCGUUUCACAGAAUCUUUUGGAGUAAUCCAGAAUGCGUUUUGAAUUCAUGCGGGACUAUUUUUUCCGUGUUGCCAUAUCGGUCUUGCUCUAGUUAUGUUAUGAUGCGAUGUUGUAUCUGUGAUUUUCUUCUAUGUACUAGGAAAUGAAUCAUUGCCAUCGAACACACGGUAUGAGUGUUCUAUGUGAAAUGUCUUGUCUUCUAAGAGUCAUGCGGAUCUAGAGUCGCUAGCUCAAGAUCCCCGGGGCUCCCAUUUGAUGCGAGUGCCACUGUGGAUUUCCGCUGUCUGCUUCGAGCCGUCUGUGCUAUCCUGCUAUUCGCCAGAGCCGUGGGUUUUCUGCCGGAUCUGCGAGUGAUAAAAGGGCUUAGGGCGAAUCCAUGAUGCACUUUGCGCGCUAUAUCAUUCGCUCUAUCGCCUGUUUUCCGUAAGCGUAGAGGGAGUUUUCUGUAUGCAUGCAUGCUCGUGUACAUUAAUAUGCCACUGCGUACUGUUAGCUAUGCAGUGAAGGUAUCGGUUGGUAGGAGCUCUUCGAACACUGCUUGGUUCAGAGUUCAGACGUAUGGUCUGCCCGAAAACGACUUGUGUGCUGAGCCAAACGACCCCGAAACGUUCUUUUAGAGUGAGCUAGAUUUCGGACACAUUCACCCGCCAGUACGGAAAUUAACCAGCGUGAAAGAUUGCUUUGUUUAGCUUGGAGGUCUGUCGCUGGUUGAAUUCCCCUACAUUUAAUUGUGUCGCCAACAGUGAUUCAAUGUAGUGUGUACUUGACUUGGGACCUGAAUGUCGCGUUAAAUUUAUCGUGUGUAUUGUCACAGGCGCUAGAUCGCCAAACUCGCCCCAAGAGGCAGUCUAUUUCCCGGGGCGAAACCAAUGUAUCCGCUGACUUUUAUUAACAAUAUGUUACGACCCCUUGUGUAUGUAUUGCAUGCCAAGUAUCAAAACGUGUUGUUGGUCUGUGCUUCUUUCUUUGCCCCAUAAGUCGUAAUUAUUUCACAAUUCGAACAAUUCGGUCUCCUCUCAAUGAUUUCAGUCAGCAUUUUUGCGCACGGGAACACUCCGCGUUCUUCUAGGCCGCGUUUCUCGCCUCUAGCUGUUUCGGCGCUCCUUCAGCCUGUGUUCAUUGUUUCCUCUAUCCGCGUUUGGCGUGUGUGUAACUGAGUGUUCGCAGUUCGGCCGUCUUUCAUAACCCAACUGAACUGCGAAACGAUAGUGUGUGCGUGUGUGCGGGGUCUGUCGAAUAUACACUAUUGUCCAAAUAUACGAAAUAUACAUUAUUAUGACCCAUG